AUGUCCUCUCUUUCAAUCCCUCCCAAUGUCCAUCUUGAGGAGAUGAUGCGGGGUGCCGGCCCGGUGCCAGACCAAACCAAUCUACCAUUUCCAGCUUCCACAAGACAGGCUGCCGGGGUGUUGGGCGGAGUGUCAACAGAAGUGAUGUCAGUGUCAUUUUCUGACAAAAUUUUUGUGACUAUAUCUCAAAAUGGCAAACUGGGACAAUGGCUCCACGUCCCCUUAGAAAAUUCGAAUCCUGGGACUGACGGUUAUCAUACUCUUCCAAAUCCAAGCGAAGACGGACUCCUUCCGCUACCGAAUUUUACUGCCACAUCCGUCCUUGGUGCUCGCGGAACUCAACGAGAAACUGUUGGCCAGCUCUACGCAUGCCAGAUUGCGACUGCGAUCGUGACUAAAAAUCCAAAUGAAAAAAGGCUUCUUGUUGUGGGCUUGGGUCUUGAACAGCCUGAUCUUGAUCGUGAUAUCUUCUUUGGUGUCAUAGAUCUUGUAUUAAAUUGCAUAUGA